AUGCAGAAUACCAUGAUUGGAAACCACGAAGGCGCCAUGACCACUCAAGAUGCGUUGGAUUCCGAACCUAAUCUGCCACCCAACUACUACCAUGACCAAAGCGUCCUGAGACCGCCAACAUAUAGAGCAACAGCACCUUUAUGCUAUCGCCAAUUCCCCUCGAUCAUGGCAAUAAAGGCUGGAUGGUCAAGAUCGUUUAGUGUAUGCGACGCAAGCUCAGAGGAGGUCCUCUACUUGGCGAAGUUCCACCCCUAUGGUUGGUCAUGUCCAAAACCGCUGGGCGCAAGGGGGGGGUUUGUUUUGCACAACGGAACCCGUCGUGAAGAUGCCAUUCUCGCUGCCGCGGGCGACAUUACGCUUUUCGAGCAAAGGCUCAAUGCCUUUAGCAAUAAGAGUCACAUUCUGCUCCCGCCAUUGGCUAAGGAAGAUAAGAGACAGGCGUCGCGGGAGGUGACGGAGACGGAGACGAUGACCGCAAGGUCAGCGGCAAACAAUGGGGUCAUAUUUCACUUCUUCGUUGAAGCUGGGAGGGCGAUGAAGAGAGAAAAAUUUGAAUGGAGGAGAUGCGAUGAAGAAGGAGUCGCGUGGAAGCUGGUGAGAUGCCCCAGUUCCUCUCGAAGAGUCCCUCCCGAAGGAGAGAUCGUCGCCAAACUAUCAUGGGUGCCUGUUUCGUUGGCAACGGUGCUUGAUCCAAUGAGCCCCAAAUCAAUUUUUACGCUCCAGUUUGUAAAUAGUCUCGAAUCGGGCGCUUUGGGAGAACGAUGCGCUCUUACUGUCGUCAUGAGUGCGUUGAGAUUGUGGCAGCUGCGUACAAAGGGAAAACACAAGAGGUCGUACGUUAGAAUUGGUGAGAGAAUGGGAGAGAAAGAAAUUCAGAUGGAGUAA